AUGAAAAUCAUUACAUUUCUUUUUAUAAACGUGUUAGGAUUUAAACUACAAGCAGCUUUUUAUUCUGAUGUAUUCUUAAAAUACAUCAAUUUAUUUGAUUUAGAUUUAAAUGAGGGCAUAGAAUGUUCAAAAAUGAAAGAAAUUGUUGAUUUUAUGUGUGGAAAGGGCAUGAUCAAAAUGUGGGAACCUUACCGGCAUUCAAAGUAUUAUAGUUCAGGGGAUAAUACUGAAAAAGAAUCUUUAAUGAAACAAGCUCACAAUAUUGCAAGUGCUACAUUUACAAAACUAGUCACUAAAAUUAUAUUUCUAGUAAAUGGCAGGCUAGUGAUAGAAGAAGAUUUGCCAAUUUUAAAAAUGUUAUUUAGAAUUAUUAGAUGUAAGAAAAAUACUUGGAAAUGUAUUAAUACACUAAAUGAACAAAUUAAAAUUUAUAAAAAUUGUGAUAAUUGGGAUUGUUCUGAAUCUCACACGUGUCCUGUUCUAAAAAGAGAGGAUUUUAUUAAAUUUCGCAAUGCAUGUAAUGAAUUAAAACAUUAUGAGGAUCAACCUAUACUAGCUCUUACUAAACAAGCAAUAUUUUUUUAUAUUAAAGAUGAUCCAAAAGUUAGUGAUGAAGAUUUAGAUAAUUUUUUACAACAAGAUGAUGGUCUUAUUUUUGAAUGUAGUAAAGAGAUCAAAGAAGCCCUACAAAAUGUUAAAUCUUUUAGUGGAGACAUGGUUAUAUUUGAAGGAAAGUAUGUUGGGUUUAUUCACUAUCUACAUUAA